AUGCUAAUGGCGUACGACGCCAGGAGUGGUGACGUCCACAAUAUGUUAAUGGCGUAUGACGUCAGGAGAUCGUCGUAUUGUGGGGAGACCUACAGUGGACUGCCCGACAACAUGGCUGCCGCAGGUGUAGGUGCGAACAAUGGUCAGAGCUAUCACUUCAAGAUACUGGUGCCGGCGGUGGCCGCGGGCGCCAUCAUCGGCAAGGGCGGCGAGACUAUUGCUCAGCUCCAAAAGGACACCAACGCCAGGGUGAAGAUGUCCAAGGCUAACGACUUCUACCCGGGUAUGUGUGGUUGGCAUAAAUGCCUGUCCCCUAUCUCCCUGUGCGCUCCCAUCGUCAGCACCAGCAGCACCACCGAAAGGGUGUGUCUGAUCUCCGGCUCCGUCGAUGGUGUGCUCCGAAUACAUGAGUUCAUAAUGGAGAAGAUCAAAGAGAAACCGGAUCCCAACGCCAAGAUUGCCAUCGACUUCGACCACAAACAGCCGGCGGAACGCGAGAAACAGGUGAAAAUACUGGUGCCCAACAGUACGGCCGGUAUGAUCAUCGGGAAGGGCGGUUCGUUCAUUAAGCAAAUCAAGGAGGAGUCGGGCGCCUACGUGCAGAUCUCGCAGAAGUCUCGGGACCACGCGUUGGCCGAGCGGUGCAUUACAGUGAUCGGUGAGAUCGAGAACAACAAGAAGGCGUGCGCUAUGAUCGUGGCGAAGGUCGUGGAGGACCCCCAGUCGGGCUCCUGUCUGAACGUGUCGUACGCCGACGUGACGGGUCCGGUGGCCAACUUCAACCCGACGGGCUCGCCCUACGCCAACGCCGGCAACUCGUCAGGCGGCAACUCCGCGGUGACCAACAGUAACCCCUCGUACUCGUCGAACGGGUCGCUCAACAGCCUGUCCCCCACGCUGACCAACUCGUUCAACUCGCCGCAGUCCGCCGGCACGCCCGGCAACAUCAUGCAGUUCAGCACCGGCGCCAUGGGCCUGAAUCCCGGCGCCAUGUCGUCCGGGAAUCCUCAACAAAUGAUUGAGUCGUUGCGAGCGAUGCUCAGGUCGUGCGGCUAUAACGAGGACGCCGUGGCCGAGAUUUGCUCGGCGAUGAACACACUGGCCAACUACGGCAUGUUGGGGCUGGGCCUCGGGCUGGGAGGCAUGUUUAACUCGGUGAACGGCGCCCCCAUGAUCGGGGGCCUGUCGAUGGGCAUGACGGGUACGCCGGGCGGCAACUGCGGCCCCAUUCAAAUGGGAGGCGUCCCAUCGCCACAAAGUGCAACUUUAUACACAUCUCAGGCACAGGGAGUGCCCGGACUCGACCAACAGGCCUGCAAUAACGUGACGCAAACGCAGGGCGGCGGCCCCGGUUCGGGCGGCAACGGUAUGUUCGGUCCCGUUGGCUCCGUGGGCUCCGGCAUGUCGGGCAUGGGUAUGAGUCACGGCGGUUUUGGGUCGCCCACCGGCCAGGGAGGCGGCGGUGGCGGCCGUCAGGACAGACUGCAAAUGCCGGGCGACGUGCAGUUCGACCCCUUCCGGCGCUCGUCGCCAUCGCUCGGGUCGCCGGUGACGGGGGGUUCACUGCCGCCCAUCAACAACAACUCGUUCGGCUUGGGAACGGGUCUCAACAGCCCGGGCUCUCUGCGCAAGAGUCCCACACCCGGCGCCGGUGGGGAUCAGUCAGAAAACGGCGGCGGAGUGGGCGUCGGCGGCGCCAAGAUUGAGGUGGAGAUCGGGGACAAUAUUGUCGGUGCAAUCCUAGGCCACGGCGGCAAGUCGUUGGUGGAGAUCCAGCGGCUGUCCGGAGCCAACAUCCAGAUCAGCAAGAAGGGCAUCUUCGUGCCGGGCACUCGCAAUCGCAUCGUCACCAUCACGGGGUCGGCGCACGCCGUCCAGACGGCUCAGUACCUCAUCGAACAGCAGAUCAACGACGAGGAGAACAAGAGGGCGCGACAGAACGCCACACUCGGCACUGUCCUACGCUAGUGUGUCGGUGCCCAACCCACGUGUGCCCCGGUACGUGUGUGUGCGUGCGUGUCUCUCUGCUCUAUACCCAUCCUUUCCCAUACCUCCCAUUCCCCGCCCCCUUCCCUCUCUCUUUACGAUUCAGUUUCAGUCGAUACUCUCUCUGUUUGUCUAUCUCUCUUACUCUCUCUUACUCUCUUACUCCCCCCUCCCGGCGCUCAUCACCACCACCACCACUAUCACACCAUAGCCACCAAAACUAAACGAUAUAUGAAAAUCACUUAUUGAUAAAUAUUCGAAGGAAAGGGUGUUUUUUAAAAAACAAAACUUCAUUAUUAGUUAAUUAAUUGUAUAUUAAUUGGUAUUUUAAAAAGACUUAUAUUUGCUUUACGUGUGAUUCGACUGCCGAUUAAUGUCUCUCAACAAAAAACAUGAAAACAAAUCUAAAAACACAAACCGUUUUUAAAAUGGAGAUAAAAAUCAUUGUUUUAUUCGCCGCAAAAACGUCGGAU